CAACAAGCCCCGCCCCGCGUGCGCGCGCCCGGCGCCGGAAGCGGGAAAGGCCGCGGGGAGGCGGAAGCGCGCGCGGGGCCGCGGCCUGAAGAUGGCGGCGAAAACACAGGGCGGGAUCCGCCUGAGCGCGCUGUGCCCAAAGUUCUUGCACACCAACUCCACCAGUCACACCUGGCCCUUCAGUGCAAUUGCAGAACUCAUAGACAAUGCCUAUGAUCCAGAUGUGAGUGCCAAACAGAUCUGGAUCGACAAGACCGUCAUCAACGACAACAUCUGCCUGACCUUCACCGACAACGGCAACGGCAUGAACUCCGAGAAGCUGCACAAAAUGCUCAGCUUCGGUUUCAGCGAGAAGUCGGUGAUGAACGGCCGCGUUCCCGUGGGGCUCUACGGCAACGGCUUCAAGUCGGGCUCCAUGCGCCUGGGCAAGGAUGCCAUCGUCUUCACCAAGAACGGCGACACCAUGAGCGUGGGGCUGCUGUCCCAGACCUUCCUGGAGGUCACCAAGGCAGAGCACGUCAUGGUUCCCAUCGUCACCUUCACCAACCAGCGGCAGAUCAGUGACCCAGCCGAGUCCAGGAACAGCCUCAAGGCCAUCCUGACCCACUCCUUGUUCUCCACUGAGGAGAAGUUGCUGGCAGAGCUGGAUGCCAUCAUCGGGAAAAAAGGCACCAGGAUCAUCAUCUGGAACCUCAGGAAAGAUAAAAAUGACAAACCAGAAUUUGACUUUGACAAGGAUAAAUAUGACAUCAGAAUUCCAGAAGAUUUGGAUGAAACAGGCAAGAGAGGCUACAAAAAACAGGAGAGGCUGGACCAGAUUGUUCCAGAAAGUGAUUACUCCCUAAGAGCUUACUGCAGUAUUUUGUACCUGAAACCAACCAUGCAGAUCAUCCUGAGAGGGCAGAAGGUGAAAACACAGCUGGUUUCCAAAAGUUUGGCCUUCAUCGAGAGGGAUAUUUACAGACCCAAAUUUCUCAAUGCCAAAACAGUCAGAAUUACUUUUGGAUUUAACUGCAGGAACAAAGAUCAUUAUGGAAUAAUGAUGUACCACAAAAACAGACUCAUCAAAGCUUAUGAAAGAGUUGGCUGUCAGUUAAAGGCAAACAACAUGGGUGUGGGUGUUGUUGGGAUUAUUGAAUGCAACUUCCUAAAACCAACUCACAACAAACAAGAUUUUGACUACACCAAUGAAUACAGACUCACGAUAGCAGCACUGGGAGAAAAGCUCAACGAUUACUGGAAUGAGAUGAAAACCAAGAAAAACGAGGAAUAUCCCUUAGCUCUGCCUGUCGAGGAGAUCCAGAAACAGCCAGACCAGACGUGGGUGCAGUGUGACGCCUGCCUCAAGUGGCGGAAGCUCCCGGAUGGAAUCGAGCACUUGCCGGAGAAGUGGUACUGCUCCCUCAACCCUGACCCCCAGUUCAGGAACUGUAACGUGCCAGAAGAACCAGAGGAUGACGAUUUAAUACACCCCACGUACGAGAAAACCUACAAGAAAAAGGACAGGGAAAAACUGAAGAGGAGACUGGAGUACAGCCACCAGAUCAAUAAUGAAAUAUUUUUAAAAACAUCUGUUUCUUCAAGUAAAGACUUCAAAACAUUCUCAUCUCCAAAUGCAAAGGAAGCUCUUCCAAGGUUACUUAUACCAAAAUCAUCAGAUGCUUCUGUUAGAAGAUCUCUGCCUAUUUUAAUUAAAGUAUCUUCCCCUCAUUUGGAUGCUGAUAGCAGUCUCAAAAGGAGGACGCAGAGCUGUGCGACACCAGUGUCCCUGAAGACACCUCGGCUCAGUGACAAAACAUUCAGCAACCACGAGGAGGAGGAUGAUGAUGAAGAUGUCAUCAUUUUAGAGGAGAGCAGCACUCCAAAGCCUUCAGCAGAUCCUGAUGUUCCUGUGGUAAAAACAGAAUGUAUCAAUUUGGAUCAGGAGGAGAAGCAGAAGGAAAACUCUCCCGUGGGGGAACCUUGCAGUGCAACCACUUCAGAGGCAAGAAGUGAACAGCUGAGCUCAGCAACACAGACAGAGCUCCCAAAGCUGGUGGUGAAAAAGGAGGAGGUGGAAGACAUCCCAGUGCAGAUUCCUGGGGCAGAGAUGGAAAAGGAACAGCACAAGGUCAAUGGUGUUCCUGAGACGUCUGCAGAGAUGGAAAAUGAACUGAAAAAUCAGCUGCAAUCAUUGACCAGAGAAAAGGAAAUGUACCAAAGCAAAUGUGAAGCGUUAACCAAACAGGUGGAAACACUGGAGCAGCAGCUUUUGGAGAUGAAUAAUAAAUAUGUGAAAAAGGAGAUGUGCCAUCAGGCAACGGAGACAGUUCCCUCCUGUGCAGAAGGGAGUGCUGAUGGGAGGAGCUUGGCAGAGGUGACAGCUCUCUAUGAGCAGGCCCUGGGGGAGAUAGCAACGCUCAAGGAGCAGUGCAGCACCCUGCAGAACCUAAAGACUGAGUGCAGCAAAUGUGCUGAUGGAGAGAGCAAGAGUGAGGUGGACGAGAUGGCAGUGCAGCUGGAUGAUGUUUUCAGGCAGCUGGACAGGUGCACCACUGAGAGAGACAGCUACAAAAGCCAGAUUGAAGUCCUGGAAGUGGAGAAGAAUCAAAUGGCCUGUCAGUGUGAGGAGCUCAAGGCAGAGCUGGCUCAGUUAAAAGCUUCAAUCCCACAGGCUGUAGCACGUGCAAAUGAUUCUACCACCAGUAAUGUAGAAGACUCUGUAAAUUUUUCUGAUGGAGAAAGUGAUGUUUGUGAUUUAUGAUUUGUGUGAGCAGGAUUGGUCACAACAGAAUAGCAAAUGGAUACUUCUGAAAAUAUCCAAAAUGUUGUAUAAUUUCUAAACACAACUUGCAAACCAAGGAGAGAAAAGGGAGGCAGGAAACAGGAGGAUGAUCAUUAUUUUCUGCUGUGUAAUGAACUUCACUUUGAGAGUCUGUUUUUCUCUCUUGAAUCAACUGAAGAGUCUGGAUUUGAAACUUUCCUGUAAGAACUCCUUGCUGCAGGCAAAUCCUGUGGAAUCAGGGUCUGGGGUGUGUCUUGGAAUUAAACAAGGGUUGAAAUUUCCAGCUGGAGAGCUUGGAGCUCUUGGGAAGUGGGAAUAGCACACACACAAAAAAGCCAGAGCAGGUGGAAGCAGAGUGAGCUGAGGUCCCUGCUGGGGGGAGCAUCAGCUCUGAUAAAAGGGGAGUCAAUUAAGGGAUCAAUUCAGCAAAUUGAUCCCUGGGACCAGACGAGAGGCAUUUCAGAGGGAGCUUUAGGGCCUUGCAGUAUCUCCAGCAGUUAACAUUCCUGGAACAAGGCAGUUCUUAUGCUCAUAUUUAGGACAGCCAGAGCUCCAUCCUUGUACUGCAGCCUCAAUUCCAGGGAAAGCAUGGAAUAAAUCUACCUGGAAGCCACCUGCAGCCCCACGUGAGUCAAAAAGGGAGUAAGGACAACCAGCAUGGGGUGACUGAGGGCAAACUGGGGAUCAGCAGCAAGACCAAGAAUGGAAAAGGCUUUUGCACCUCAAGUCCUGUGUCCAGUUCUGUGCCACUAAAAGGACAUUGAGGGGCUGGAGCCUGGCCAGUGAGGGGCUGGAAAACAUCCUGGGAGAAGCAGCUGAGGGAGCUGGGAAGGGGCUGAGCCUGGAGAAAAGGGGGCUUGGGGGGACCUCACUGCUCUGCACAACUCCUGACAGGAGGGGCAGUGAGGGGGGUUGGGCUCUGCUGCCCUGUCCCAAGGAAAAAGAGGAGAGGAAAUGGCCUCAAAUGGCACCAGGGCAGGCUCAGAUUGGAGAUUGGGAAAGAGAAUGUCCCUGGCAGAGUGGUCAGGCCUUGGGCUGAGCUGCCCAGGGAGGUUUGGAGUCACUGUCUGUGGGAAUGUUCAGGAGCAGCCCUGGGGAUGUCAUUUUGGGGUGAUUGUUGGACUGAAUAACCCCAAAGUUCUUUUCCAGCCCUGGGGAUCCUGGGAUUCACGGCCUGGGUGACAGAGACAAAUGAACUCAAUAAAUUCCUGGUGCCAUCAAACUGGCAGGAGCUCAGUAGGGCAGAGCUGCUGCUGAGGGACUUUGACCAAUUGGACAAAUGAGCUGGAAAAAAUCCCCUGAAAAUUCCACAGGGGCACCUGUGAAUUGAUGCAGGAGCAGCAGCUGGAGGAAGUCCCCGUGGUGCUGGGGGUGGCAGUGCAGCGUGAGCCAGCAGGGCACUCUGCUGGUGGCACCACCCGGCUCCUGCUGGGCUGGGCUGGGCUGGGCUGGGCCAGUGACUCCUCCCUGGGGCCCGGCAUUGAGAGCCCAACCAGGGAGUGCUGGAUGCACCUCUGGACACCCUGGCAGAGUGGAGAAUAACCUGGAUAAUUUCCAGAGAUUCCUUUCAGUCUUAAAAAAGAAAUUGACCCGCAUAAAAAAUUAUCUGUCAGCAUUUAAUUUCAUUUCUCCUUAUAGCUCUGAUGUGUGUUUAUAAAAAGAAUUAGCAAAUAAGUGCAGGACUUGGAAGUAAGUUCCCCCACAAGCUGAUGGAGAUGUGGCAGCACUGGGAGAACUGGAUAAAGGAGCUGAGCGUAGAAGGAAAUGGGCCACAGAAGGGAUGGCUCAUGGCAAAACAA